AUCGACUUAUUCCACAGUAUUACUAUCCAACUACAUUCUCUUAUACACAUACUCCCACCUAGCCUUUCGUUAAUACCAUCUACACAUACAACUUAUACCUAAUACGAAACGUCAUGAAAUACCUAUAUAAAACGCUCAUACUAUUCCUUGCCGUGAUAUCACUAGUGAAGUCAGACGAUGCACCAUCACUGCUUAUUGGUUGUUUUGGAAGUGCCAGUGGGCAAAACAAAGGAAGUUAUGAAUAUCAAACGUCGUCCUAUUGUUCAAAGCAGUGUUCAAAUUCCCAGUAUAUUGCCGUUAAGGGACAGCAGUGUAUCUGUUUGGACAGUUUGCCCUCUAACAAGGUUAGUAAUAGUCAAUGUUCUACCCCUUGUCCUGGGUAUGGGACGCAAAAUUGUGGUGGAAAUAACGCAUAUUCCGUAUUCCAAGGACCUAAGUAUAAUGCUGAUGAUUCACCCAAUUCUGAAUCAAGCGACGCGCCAAGUUCAAGUACCAGUGACACCAGCAGCAGUGUCACUUCUCCACCUACGCUGAGUAGCACCGGUCACUCGUAUCUGACCACAACCUCACUGGGAUCAGUCAUUGUCAAGACAAUCACUAAGGAUUCCCCCACUCCUACCGAAACCGAAGACGCAGAAACUAGUACUGCCACGGAUGGCAACAAGGACAAUAAGAAGAAAGAAUCAAAGACUAAUGUCGGCGCAAUUGCUGGUGGUGUAGUCGGAGGUGUACUUGGGGCAGGGUUAAUUGGAGCCCUCAUAGUUUUAUGGCUUAAGAAGAGAAAUGACGAUGAUGAUUAUGACGAAGAAGAAUUUUUUGAACAAAAACCAAUGUCAAGACAUCAUGGAUCUACCAGAGGCACCAGAAGAAACAAGAAUCCUUUGGACAUGCCCAUGUCUAAUCCGUUUGUUGACCCUCAUGAAAGAACGAACGAAUCAGCAUUUGUUGAUCCACGGGUUAAUCCAAUUAUGAUGGGACGUAGACGUUUAAGUGAGGGCUCAUUGGUUGACGCGGCUGAUUAUUCGCGGAAGGUAUUGCAAGUUGCUAAUCCAGAUCUGUAAGUGGGUUUAAAGUUGGGUGUUUAAAAUACGGGUUAUUCUUUUUUUUUCUUUAUAGCGGUUUACAUUGUUUGUAGUGUUUUUUAAAUGUCAUAUUUAUUUACGUUCU